AUGACGUGUGCGCGAGGUGCCGAGGCCCUGCUGGCGAGGCGAAUUCAGGUGAAGGGAAGCUCACAGUCUAGAUUCCUUGUCCAGGAAGUAUUGGAGAUGGUGCCAUACCUAACAAGGAUCACGAUGAAUCUUCUGCAGUACAGUGGGUACAUGCUUUCAUCUACAAUGGAACUAGCAACUAAUUUUUUUCAUGUGGAAUUCCCAAAUUUUACAAAUACUCUACUACAGAAGUUAAACCAACAGCGUCAAGAGGGACAGUUAUGUGACAUUGCCAUUCAAGUUCAGGGCCAUUUAUUCAGAGCCCAUAGGGCUGUUCUUGCUGCCACUUCACCUUAUUUUUGUGAUCAGGUACUACUGAAGAACAGUAAUCGAAUCCUUCUACCAGAUGUAAUGAAUCCAAAGGCUUUUGAAAAUGUUUUGUUGUUUUGCUACACAGGAAAACUUGUACUACCAGCCACUGACAUUGUUAGUUACUUAACAGUGGCAAGCUUUCUUCAAAUGUGGCAUGUUGUAGAUAAGUGUACAGAACUUUUAAAAGUGUGCCCAGCAGUUCAUUGCCGGAAGUCUAAUCACUUGAAUGAUCAUCAGUCACCCAGCAGCAGCAAUUUCAAUGGUUUGGUAGAACCUUCAGAACUUGGGGCUGUGGGGCAGCCUGAGUUUCAUAAAAGUUUGAAUGGGAGUUCAAAAGCUGAAAAUGGCGAAGAGAGUCCCAAAGAGGAUGAUAUGUCACCGCCCCAGUUAAUGGAUCAUGACAACCUUCCUAGCAAUUCUUCCGGAGAACAUGAUCAUUUAAGUGCAGAAAUGAGCAGUCAGGAUGGUGAGGAAGGAGCAAGCGAUACUGUAGAGUAUCCAUACACCAGGCCAAUCUAUAGUCGACCUAGUAUAAUGCCUCACAAGCGGUGGGUGUAUGUGAAGCAAGAAAAGUUUGAAGAGGAUUACGGUGAUGGAACAACAUGCCCUACUGCUGAAGAGCAACGUAUCUCUGAAUCAGAAAAUAUUACUCAGGCUGAACCAGUGAUCCAGUCUUCUAGCAUUGAUGACAGCUUUAAUGUUGUUGCUGCCAAAACCCAGGAGAUUUUUAAAGAAGGUCAUGAGCAUAGUUCUUAUGAUGAGCAGGUUGAUUACUAUGGUUCAUCACUGGAUGAAUUUUCAGCUGACCGGGGAGAGAUAAAUGUCAAUGGCCACCAUCAGGACCCUUUAAUGGCAGCUGAAAUGCAGGUGAAUCGGUUGCCAGGCUAUGGUGUUGAAGCUGAACUAGGAACAGGUGUCAGUGAAAAGACCUCGCACUCUGGUUUCACAGCUGUUGUUUACAAACUUUACCCUUGCCAAUGUGGCAAAAAUUUUACUCACAAGAGUCAGCGAGAUCGGCACAUGAGCAUGCAUCUAGGUCUUCGGCCUUAUGGCUGUGGUGUUUGUGGUAAGAAAUUUAAAAUGAAGCAUCAUCUUGUUGGCCACAUGAAGAUCCACACUGGCAUUAAACCCUACGAGUGCCACAUCUGUGGUAAGAAAUUCAUGUGGCGAGACAGUUUUCAUCGUCAUGUGACAUCAUGCACUAAGCUGUAUCAGGUACCUGAUGUUCGCUGACAAAGCUUAUGGGCCAACUGGCUCAAUGAAUGAUAUAAGGUACUUUAUGUAGUGAAGACAUUUCAAGUGCUUUUGACUCAUUCAGUGGUGUUCUCAUAUCCAGUAGAAAAUCAACAGUCUCAGUAGUGACAGCCUGGGCGUCAGUUGAACUGUGUUGGUGCCAUGACAACACUUACUUACUUAACCAAAACAUUUUUCCAGUCGUGUUACUUUUAAGUAUUGCACAAUUAUGUUGUCUUUGGUGGAUUGAAAUGAAGAGUUGAGCCUUACAUAUAAAAAUGAAUGGAAAGAAGAAAAAGCAAAACCAAGAAUAGACUUUGAAUGGUAUUUUGCUAAUGUGUUGUAAGCUCCAUUUGCACACCAAUACUGUUGAGUUAGACUGGGAGUAUUAUGUGUAGAAAUGCUGUUCAACUCACAAAGGCAAUUCUUUGUAACAGAGGAUUGAGGUAGCAGCUUAAAGUGACUUUGGUUUCCAUGCAAGUAAUUCAAGGUAAAAGUGAAAAUGACUACAAUCAAUUGCUGUUGCAGAGGGUCUGUGUGGACACGACAGACCAAAUGGCCUCCUCCUGUUCUACAACCAAUCUAGGACUUUAUUCUCAAAGGCUGAAAAGGGCACUGUUGUGGCAAUUCCAUUUAAUUUACUGUGUUCUUGAGCCUAAUUCUCAAAAAAAAAUUAUACCUGGGUCUUGUGACUUCGCAGUUAGCUCAGACCCCUGUUGUUAAUUAAUUCUAAAUGUGAUCUGUAUGAGUAGGCCACAUAUCGGUUUGCAAACAGCAUAGAAAUGCAAAUUACAAUAGUCAUUAAAACUUCUGAACUUUCAAAA